GGCUCCUGCGCCUGCGCACUUCUAGUCGGUGUGGUACUUCUGCCCGCGCCCUUCCGAUUCCGGGAUCCAGAGCCAGCCGGGGUCAGGAGCCGGUACCGAGGGCAGUCCCGGGAUCCGCUAUCCGCAACAGCUCGCAGCUGUAUGGACUCUGAAUCUCCAUCAUGGGGCACAUGUUAUCCAGGGUGUUUGGGAACAAGGAGAUGCGGAUUUUGAUGUUGGGCCUUGAUGCGGCUGGUAAGACCACCAUUCUCUACAAACUCAAGCUUGGCCAGUCAGUUACCACCAUCCCAACUGUGGGCUUCAAUGUGGAGACUGUCACCUACAAGAAUGUUAAAUUCAACGUGUGGGAUGUAGGUGGUCAGGACAAGAUCCGUCCUCUAUGGCGACACUACUACACCGGCACACAGGGCCUGAUAUUUGUGGUAGACUGUGCUGACCGAGACCGAAUAGACGAGGCACGGCAGGAACUGCACCGUAUUAUAAACGACCGAGAGAUGCGAGAUGCAAUCAUUCUCAUCUUCGCCAAUAAACAGGAUCUGGUAGAUGCCAUGAAACCCCAUGAAAUCCAAGAAAAGCUUGGACUGACUCGUAUCAGAGACAGGAACUGGUACGUUCAGCCGUCUUGUGCCAACACUGGAGAAGGACUCUAUGAGGGCCUUAUGUGGCUAACUUCAAACUACAAAUCGUAAAAACCUUUAUUUCUAUGGUGAUUAUUAAUAUUUUUUUUAAUAUAUAAUUUUUUUUUUUUUUACUUUUACAUUUGGAAAGACUGACCCGCAUAGCGGAAUUGCUUUUCUUACUGCUCCACGGAGCUCUGUUUAUCCAGACGAGGGGAGAGCAUUGCGCUUUGUAAUGAACGAAGAGGCACUGUUUGUAUCGGAGAUCUGUGGUUCUCUGCUGAAAGGGCCACAAAGGAUAUGGAGAGAGACUAAAGGCCCAUUGUGGUAUCUGCCUUAAUUCUCAGCAUACUAAUGUAUGACCGGGAUAUUUACUGAGCGUUUUUUCCAUCUGACAUACCUGAGCGUGUUCCCUGUCCUGUUACUAAGGGCUGGUGCUGUGGGAUUGCUCCGUCCUUUGUUACAGGUUUCAUGUCUACCAUACAGUACAGGUGCCUGCAGACCCCAUUUCUAGGCAAUACGGUUACCCUCUAGUAAUAUAUUCCCUGAAUCUCAGCCCCAUAACCUCUCAUUAGUGUAUGUUAAGGAUCCUUAGAACACUAGGGGCACGGUUUGUCUCAAUAAUUGGGCCAUUGAAUAUCUGCCUGCAACAAUACCCCACACACUGCACGGUUUCAGGGUUUGCUACGGUGUGGCACUGCAAAUGUCUGUCAUCUUAUACAGACUCCUAAAAUGUUAGGCCAGACACAGCCAUAUGUGCAGCAAAAUAUCCCAUGUCCAAAAUGUAUUGAUUUUCUGCUUCAAACAGUAUUUUGUUAAUUUAACCCUGAGGUCUGAUGUACAUACUUGCAAUUAAUGAUUAAUCUAAAGAGCAUAGACCUGUAGUACCCGGCCAAGUCCUGUCCACCCCCAGUCCAUUCAGCAUGCUCUCAGUUUUCAUUCCAAGUCUUACGUUUAUUUUGCACCACACAUUCCCGCAGGACUUCACACAUUUCUUGGUAAAACAUGCUUUGGAAAGGUUCAGCGUGAUUGCAAUUGUCAAUUUUUCUGAUACAGCUUUAUUUUUUACUUUUUAGCUUUUUUUCUGGGGCCAUAUCCCACGCCCCUCUUGCACUCAUAAUUUAAACCAGCUUUAAUUAUUAAAGAACUAAAUACAAAAUGUGUGUGACUGACCUUCCCUUCAUUCCUAGUUAAUAAUUCAAUUUGGGAUGGUGCUAAUUAACCCACUCAGUGCUGGGAGAACUGCAGUGGUAACAGUGUUAGGUCCUUGUCUGUCCAUAGGCCCCAUUUUUUUAGGGGUGUCCUAUCUGCGAAUGCCAUGCUCUGUUUGUAAUGAGCUGUGGUAUUUGCACAUGUCCUGAUUGCCGUGUUUCCUAUGCAGUGUUCCCUGUCCUGCUCAGUCUUCCAGUCCCGGGGGUAAAGUCCUGGUAUUAGCACUGAUCUCACAGGAGAGACCGGCUGCAAUGCGAGUGGUAUACUCGUUACUGACAUGCACGGUUAAGCUAUGCAGACCCCUUGCCAUUGAAGGGAUUUUCCAGCCCAUCUCAGCACUUGUUUCGGUUACAGUGUCACACUUUUACUUACAAUCAUUUUCCUUUCAUGUUCACUUAAAAUGUCAACUAUUAAAUAAUGUUCAAAUGAUGCAUCAAAA